GAUCCCAGUGGCAGCGAUGUUUCACUUCUUCAGGAAGCCUCCGGAAUCAAAAAAGCCCUCGGUGUCAGACACAGAAGCAGAUGGAUUUGUCCUUUUAGGAGAUACAGCAGAUGAGCAAAGAAUGGCAGCAAGAGGUACAACUUCAGAAGUAGAAGGCGAUCAACCGACUGGCAAAGAAAACUCACCCAGUGUGACUGUAGCAGGCCCCGAGGCGGAAACUAAGACAGGCCAGACUCUGGAAAACAGCUCGUUAAUGGCUGAGCUUCUGAGCGACGUACCCUUCACCUUGGCCCCGCAUGUGCUGGCAGUGCAGGGCACCAUCAGUGACCUUCCAGACCACUUACUCACCUGUGACAUCAGUGAAAACCUAUCACGGUUUUGGUAUGAUUUUACUCUUGAAAAUUCAGUGCUCUGUGAUUCAUAAUUUUUAUGUUUGUUUGUACCUUUACAGCUUUAAAACAGAAGUUUGCUUAUUGUAUUUAACCUGUUUGAUGUUUUUUGCUGUUUCACUGUCUAAAGGCCCUCAGAGAAGCAAGGAUCAUAAAGUAAAUAACAUUAUGUUCACUGCUCUGUUUUUCAGAAUGAAGUAUAUUUGUAUAAAAAUUGAACCUAAGUUCUACUUCCUUUCUGCCAAAUAAUAAAUAUAAAAAUUAGGUAACCGUAGUUUUAUGAAAGGAGUAGAUUCCUUCAACCAAGCUUUCAAAAUAUAACACCUCACAUUUAUCUUAGAACUGUGAAAAAGAACUGUGGCGUUUUCCUUGGUUACCACAAGUCUGACGUCUGCCCCUAGAGUGAGUGUGAAUUCUCUUCUCUGACUUGGAGGAAGCCUGAGUUAAUACUAUUGUCUUUCUUCCAAAGUGUUUAUGAAUGAGUUCAGAAAAAAGUCUUCAGUCUUGAUAUAGACACUGAUGUGGAAAUUGAAAACUUUUCCUAAAAAGCAAGGGAGUUUGCUGAUAGAAGAAUGCUCUGGCUGCUGUUUCUUUAAGUGAUAAAUUUCAGUUUCCUUAAGCCCCUGGCGGACCUUUGCACCGUGAUUCCUGCGCUCCGGCCUUUGAUUCUGUGUGCCUCUGUGCCUCUUCGGAGUGUGCUCCCCCGCCAGCUUUCCAAAGACUUCCCUGCUUCUGCCCCAGUGGCAUCUGUUCUCCUGACCACGUAUGUUCCCAGUGUAGGAAGAGAUCCAUGUUUCCUUUCAACCUCCCAAAGAACAACAUCUCAUGAUGAUACAUAUUAUUUGCUGGUAACACCCUUACUUAGAAAUUUGUUGGCCAUAAUACAGAUGGAAAUGUUUUACUGCUAGAAAAACUGAAAUCAGCUCAUUUCCAGUUAGAGUAUAGGCAAUACACUAGAUGGGACUUUUAGUUCUUCAAUGUCCAUUAUUUAUUCCACCUAAAACAGAAAAGAACUGCCAUUGAUCAAUAAACUGCGAAGGGAAGUGGUACAUUGUGAUAGAGUGUUUUCUGUGCCAUGUAAAAUUUGAAUCACACCUAUUCUGAAUGGUAGCAAUAGGAUUUAUUAAUUCUUUGCCAGGUUUUAAGUAUAUUUUUCACAAAGACAGAGUGCCAUAGCAAAACUGAACACUGCAUUAAAGGUACAUGAAUUACUCAGUUUUAAUGUGUUCUGCAUGUUUGUUUAAUAAAUGUGGCAUGUUCUUGAUAAAAACACUGUUAUUUAAAAGAUAAAGGAACAUUUCUAUUGAAAAAAAUGUGUCAUUUACAAAUUAUAUUACCACAUGAGGUAAAUUAGAUGUGUACAUAGUUUUCGUACAACAUCAGUCUAGGAAAUAUGACUUAUUUCUAACAAACUAAGUUAGUUUUGUUAUAACUAACAAAAAUGUGAACAUUUUACAGCAGUUUUUGUGAAAGCUCAUCCUUUUUAAUAUCCAUGUUAAUGUACCUUAAAGCUCAAUGUAAGUAUGUCGUCAAUUUAUCCAAUAUGUGUUAAAUUUUGUCUUAAAUACUUACUUAUACAUUUCACUUGUAUUUAUGUCUACCAUGCUAUAAAUAUGCUUAUACAUAUUUUCACUUGUCUAAAAAAUUGUUAUAUUUAAAUAAAUAUGAAUAAAAAUAAA